AACGGCGAUGACUUCCGGCCAUACCUUAAACGGAAAAAAGCAGGAAAUAAACAAACAUUUGAUGAAUGUGUAGAAGAAAAUGGUGAGGACUGUGAUCCUAACAACCUCUGGAUGCAGAUACCUUUCUUCUGUGGUCAUGCUGCUGAGUGUUGGGUGCCAGGUUACCGCUGGGCUCUUGAACAAGCUAAAUACAACCUUGUAAAUAACUAUCUUGUGGUUGGCGUCACUGAAGAAUUAGGGGACUUUGUUGCCAUACUUGAGGCUACACUACCUCGGUUUUUCAAAGGAGCUGUAGAUCUCUAUAACUCAGGUCACAAAUCGCAUUUACGGAAAACUUCUAACAAAAUUCCUCCAAAAGAAUCAUCUUUAUUGAAAAUACAGCAAUCAAAAGUUUGGAAAAUGGAACAAGAAUUUUAUGAUUUUGCAGUUGAGCAAUUCCAUUUUAUCAAACAACUUACUUUUGAUUUGGUUGAUGGUGAAUAUAUAGAGAAAGGUUAUCAAUUUAUAUAUGAGAAAAUCCGGCCAAGGUGAAGCUGAUGUCGGACAGAGAAUAGGUGUCAUUCCAGGUUAGAAUGAAUUGUGAAGUGAAAUUCCAACUCUUCCCCAUUCAUCCCCACCCAUUUCCUCUACAGAAUAGGUAGACAUACAUGCAUACACAUAUAUAGUAUCCAUUAUUUGUAUCUUGGUAGCAACUAUUGCCAGCCAUUAGGAUAGAUCCUCCUCUCUCAAAUAACCUACACAUUUGAAGUAGCCAUUUCCUGUGAAGUUUGCAACAGUAACUUGCUAUCAUUACAUCAGUUAUGUAUGCAUUAGAAGCAACCUUUAUUUUUUUUAAGAUAGCAACAACUCUCUCUCUCUCUCUCUCUCUCUCACAUGCACA